GGCCGAGAGUGGAAGGGUGAGAUGAAUAGAGCUGUUGCUGCUGGUUUGAACGCCCACCGCCUCUUCGCUUUCCCAGCGUCUCUGAAUCCUCCCAAACCCAAGGCCUCUAUCCUUCGACUCCGACUCAUCAAACCCAAUAUUAUUUCUAUUAACUCAAGCCUUCACUUCAGGUUCCUAGGGUUCAGCCGUCCUCACCGAGCGAUGUCGACGCCGGCUUCUCCGCCGCGGGUUCCUGUGAGGGACAAAAUUGAUCUCACGGGCAAGGAGAAGCAGAUAUUCGACCGCCUUCUUCAAGUUCUCCGCCACUUUAAUCUCCAGACUCAGCUCCGUGUCGCCGGCGGUUGGGUCCGCGACAAGCUUCUAGGGAAAGAUUGCUAUGAUAUUGAUAUUGCUAUUGACAACAUGUUGGGCAGAGAGUUUUGUGAAAAGGUCAAUGAGUACUUGUCUACUACUGGGGAAGAAGCGCAAGGAAUUGGUAUCAUCCAAUGCAAUCCUGACCAAUCUAAACACUUGGAAACGGCAAGGAUGCGUCUAUUUGACAUAUGGAUUGAUUUUGUUAACUUGCGAUCUGAAGACUAUAGUGAGAAUAGUCGCAUUCCUACCAUGAGAUUUGGCACUGCAGAAGAGGAUGCUUACCGAAGGGAUUUAACGAUUAAUAGCUUGUUCUACAAUAUAAAUACCAGUUCUGUAGAAGACUUUACUGGAAGAGGGAUUACGGACCUGAAAUCUGGGAAAAUAGUCACCCCCUUACCUCCAAAAGAGACAUUCUUGGAUGAUCCCUUGCGAGUUCUUCGAGCUAUUCGUUUUGGUGCAAGGUUUGGAUUUAUACUGGAUGAUGAGCUAAAGAGGGCUGCUUCGGCUGAUGAUGUCAAAGCAGCAAUUGCAGGAAAAAUUAGCAGAGAGCGUAUUGGUCAUGAGAUUGAUCUCAUGGUCUCUGGGAAUCAACCACUUAAGGCCAUAUCAUGCAUUACAGAUUUGCUUUUGUUUUGGGUUGUCUUUAGUCUUCCUCCUGAGGUUGAUCCUCCUCUCUCUCGGGAAUGUGAAAGGAUAUGUAUUGCUUGCAUUGAUUUUGCAUGGAACCUGAUGCAACUAAUUGGAUCAUCUGUCUUCAGUGAGGAGCAAAGGAGGCUUGCCUUGUAUGCUGCAUUGUUUCUACCAUUUAGAAAUACUACAUAUAGAGACAACAAAUCUAAAAAGGUUCCAGUUGUCAAUUACAUCUUCCGAAACUCUCUCAAGCUAAAGGCCAGCGAUGCUGAAACAGUUAUUAACUUGCACAAUGCAACGAAGAAGUUUGUAUCACUGAUUCCUUGUAUUACGUCUGAUAAUGAGAACACUGGAAUUGCUGAAAUUGAUUGGGGACAAGAGAUUCUUGAUGUUCCUGUUGCUUCAAAACUACGCAUACUGACAGGCUUGCUUUUACGGGAAAUCAAAGACUUUUGGCGUGUUGCACUGUUGGUUUCUUUGUUGUAUUACCCUGCUGACGUUACUACAGAAUCAUCAGCUGGUCAGUUGAAAUUGGAGAAGAGAAAAGAAUUAUUUGGGAUGGUCGAGAAAGAAAUUGUAGAACUAGGGUUGGAGAGAGUCUGGGAAAUGAAGCCACUGGUGAAUGGGAAGGAUAUAAUGAGUGUUUUGCAGCUUAAAACUGGAGGUCCGCUUGUAAGGGAAUGGCAACAAAAACUGCUUGAAUGGCAGCUGGCACACCCCCACGGGACUUCAGAGGAUUGUCUUGAUUGGAUGAGGGAAACCCAUACCAAACGCGCAAGGGUGGAGUAAUUUUCAACGAUGAUUGAUUAUUUAUUCUAACUCCUUUCCCAGCCUCAUCCUAAUUGACGAGCAGCAGCAGUAACAGCAGCCUACAUGUCUGCUUGGAGGUUUUGGCGGCUUCAUGCAUAGCAAAGCGAAGGGAGAAAGAAAAAGGGAGGGAAGAAAGUCAGCCAGCCACAGGGCAGAGGAGAGGCGGGAAGUUUUAACAUUUAUUCCUAGAAUUUGUCAAUGUACAACUAACUAAUGGGAGAAUCGGGGGCGGGGGUGGUGGAUGAUCCUGUCGAUUGAGAGAUGAUAGAGCUUAAUUUUAUAUAUAUUUUUAUUUAAUUUUAAACUUAAUUCUA